CAGGUAGGCAAAUAAAGAGAGAGGACCAAACUGCUGCUCAUCUACCCUUCUUUAUGCCCAACAGAGGUACACACAGUGUUUACUUUCAUGAGGGCCUGUUGCUUUUUUUGGGGAAGUGGUUUGGGGAGUAGGUCUGAUAAGUGUCAAAUUUCCUGCUUCAAAACUGGAUCUAAUCAAAAAAGGGUCCCUCAAGUUGCAGUGUGAUGAACUGCAUUUAUUUUUUAAAAAAAUAAAUAAAUAAAUAAAUAAAUAAAAAAGACUGAUAUUUCGAUUCUGCAGUUUUCUAUGGAUUCUAUCCUUCAUUCCACCGGAGUCUGUGUCUCUAAGCAAUCAGAUUUCAGUGGUGUGAAGCGUAGAAGACAUGGAGUAAUCACACAAACUUUCCUGCAUGCAGAAAAAUAAAAUCACAAGAGAGACUCACCAAGGCCACAUUUCUUAAUAAUCAAUGAGCCAAAAUUCUAAACUAAGUAACAUCAAUUUUGGAGUUGGAGUCAGUUUUUGUAUCCUUAGAUCAGUAUUCUCAGGCUUUUCUCUGUACUGUAGUAUGUGUUUGUGUGUGGGCGUGGAUAUUUGGUUUCAGUUGCUGCUUGAAGCACUUGGAGUAUGCUAAACAAUGUAAAUGUAUUCCUCCCCUGACCUUGUGCCCUCCAUUUUUGUGCAGAGAGGUUUGAAGUCUAUAACUUCCCCACUUUUAACCUCCCCGUAAAGCAAUUUGCCUUGCAUGUGCCCUUUAACACAAAGCAUCAAUAUCACUGUGCUGUUUUUUUGUUCGUGGGCCAAACAGCCAACAUGUGGCACACAAAAAUAAAGACACACACACACACACACACACACACACACACACACACACACACACACACACACACACACACACACACACUUAGUUCUUCCAAGAUGAGCUUGAAUGAUGACCCCUCAUGCAAAUAAACUCGGUACAAACUGUUACAUGUUCCUGUCUGGUAUGUUUACUGUGUUUAAUCCUUGUAAGAAAAUGUGCUAAAUGCAUAAUCCGAACUCUAUUCUUAACUUAAAAUUAGUCCACCAUUAUUUUGCUCCCUUAUAAUCUGUACAUUUUGAGAUGAGUUUCAUAAUGUGCUAUGCUUUCUUUUGAAAAUCAGUAGAAAAAUUCAAAGAAAAAUAAAAGUAGUGGAUUUCAACAACUACCCCAGCCUAUAAAGUAUUCGUAUUACUCUGUGGGAAGUUUCAGCCAGUGGUGUGCCUUGAACAGUUUUAUAUGUGUGCUUAGAUUAGUUCAAUCAAUACUCCCUGUGGAUUGGAUGUUCAUUUAUUUUCAGAAUAAAAUUGCAAAUGAUUUUUUUUUGUCUUUGCCCUUGGGUUAUGGUGUUGUUGUCUUUAUAAACAACAAAUGCAGGUUAUUGCUCUGUUGUCUUUAUAAACAACAAAUGCAGAUUAUUGCUCCUUAGUUUCAAUAAAUCAUGGUUGUAUGUAUGGAACUGCUUUUAAUAGCUAUACAAUAGACAUACAAUAGAGAGCUGAAUGCAACCAGGGAAAUAUACCAUAUAUGUAUGCUUUUGGUGGAAAAGCAUGUUCUGCUUCAAAAUAGGCUUUCUAUUUUUCUCUUUGAAUAUUAACUGGAGUUUAACAUUCUCACUGAAUUUUUAUUGCUCAGUGAAUGUUCUAGCUACAUACUUGCAAUAAGAUAGUAUUUUAGUUUUUUUAAUGACUUAUAUUAUUACAUACUGAAUUAUGUAUUGAUAUUAAAUUAAAAGUUUUCCAUAUAAGGAAAUGUUCAUUAUACAUACUACACUACAAGAUUAAAAAGGUUUGAGAAACAAAAUCUUAUUUACUUACAGUAUUAUCAGUUAUGAAUUUUGUUUUAAAUGCUUAAUAGCAAAUUCUCAUUAAUACAGAGUGCCAAAAUCUUCCUUUGAGAGAACGAACAAGAUAUCCUUGGAAAAGAGCCCAAUUCAGGCCUUUAACACAGGAUUUUCCUUCAACAGAAUCUGAUCCAACUAACUCAUCCAUCCUCAGAGGAAUAGAAUGUCUUGCAUCAUGAUUCUAGAACACAGAGGCUUUUUAAAAAUAAAGACAAUUCAAAAAAAUAUCAAAACAUGAUUUAUACUCAGAUGAUGAUAACUGCACUAUUUUUCCUCCUCCUAAGUCCAAGCCUCAGUGAAGAUACAGUGGAGGAGGAGAUAGGAUCCUAUCAGUUGCAGCGACUGGUGGAGCUGCUGACAGUUCAUGAGUGUGAAAAGCUGCUCAUGACCCUGUCCAACCCAGAGGAACACAUCUUCAAUCGGCCCGAUCUCGUAUAUGAAGAGACAAACCAAUUCAGACUGCCGUCCCGCACGCCAAGAGAUACAGAUAAAGAGUCCCACUGUCAUCCGGCUCUGAUAGACUGGCUGAAGACUCAUGAUGAGCAAAUGUACUACGACAGCCUGUAUAGCACUCUUCAACAGAUCGGAAGGACUGACAUUGCAGUAGAGAUGGGAAAGAACAUUAACCAGGACAAGAUUCUGGCCAUGCAACGCUUUGUUGAGGAAUACCAUGAGCAGGUCAGCAAAAUGACAUCCCAUUUUAUGCGCUCACAAGCUGAGGAAACAAGUCACAAAGAAACACAUCAUUCUGCAAAACAAGUGAGGAGCUUGUCCUGGAAGGAUUUGGACCUGGUCAUGGAGCGACAACCAAUGCCACCCUAUCAGCACCACAUGCUGGAUGGUGCAUGGCCUCUGUUCCAUGGACUCAUCCUUGGAGUUUGCUGUGCACUGCUCUUAGGCAUACCUUUAUUGCUAUUUAUCUUAUGUCUACCACUAUGUGAUCUCUCUAGUCAAUCUUAAUCUAAUGAUAAUCCCAACACGAGCAACACCAUAUACACUGGUGUUCCUUUCACCUUGAUUUUGUGCUAGCAUUAGAGAAGAUUACACUGAAACCACAGAACUGAAAGGCAAAAGCUACAGGAUGCAUUUUUUGUAAUGAGUAUUAGAUACUAUAAAAUUGAUCAUAAACAAUGUUGUGCUGUAAUUGAUUUUACCAUUAUAUUUUAGUGUAGAGAGUCACGUAAUGGAGGCCAAGAUGGACGCAGUUGCAGGUAAAACACCGUCUUUAAUGAAACGUAGACAAACAAAUCCAAAACAAGAGGCAAGUUGUAAAUCAGGCAAGGCAGAAACAUGAACAAAAUAAAUUAGAGCAGAGUCACAACCAGAUAAGCAAACAGAGAAAUAAGGCUUGGUAAUGUCAGGUGCACAAAAACAAUACUGAGCAUAUACUGAGCAGGUGGGGUUACUGAGGUGGUAGAACGUCCCUGGUUAGGGGACCAGGGAAAACUGGCUUUAGUCGGCAGAUGUGGAAAGAUGGCUGUGAUGACGUAAAUCUAGUUUAUAACUUAAGUGAUUUGUUUAAAAAAAGUUAAAGGUCAGAGUUUAUUACAACUUAGUGGGUAUCUCACAUCUUUUGUGGCGAGCCAGACCUGAGCUCCUGGCUAAUAUUGAGGAUUCUCCACUCACCUUCAGACAGCAUUGGCUUUGUAUACUCGGGCAGCUUGUUCCAGACAUUGGUCAUUGCUUUUCCAAACCUGUUCACUUUUUCAAAACCAGUCAUCCACUGCUGACGAGUCUGUGGGAUUGGUAUUCCAGGGGAAUUGUGGAGGUUAGUAUCCAAGCAUGGCAGAAACUGGGCCCAGUCUUCUGGAUUGGCAGCACAGAAUGUUUGAAGGAACUGCCCCACGUCUUGGUUAGCUCUUUCUAUCUGGCCAUUACCCUGUGGAUGAUAUCCGAAGUUAGGUUCACAGUUAACUACAGCUUCCCAUAAAACUAGCCCACAUAUGGGAAGUAAAUAGGGCUGGUCACUCACUAUUUUCCCCAGGACUCCAAAAUAUCUGAACACAUGACAGAACAGGAGCUCAGCUGUGGUAAGAAAAAGAAGGUAUGCUGGGGAGCAGGAUUAACCAUAGUGAUUUAGCAACAUAGUGAAAAGCAAUUGAUUACUGCCAGGAUGGCAGUGUUUCCCUCCGAGUCUGACAGGUCAGUGAGGAAGUCUUUUGUUAAGUGGGACCAGGGCCACUGUGGUGUGGGUAGUGGGAGAAGUUUACCAGCUGGCAUGGAGUGAGGCACUUUGGCUUGCACACAUAUGGUGCAGGAGGACACCACCUGGUGUAUGUCAGCAAACAUAGGUGGCCACCAAUACUUUUCUGUAAGGAGAUGAUAUGUACGAUGAGCGCCCAGGUGACCAGUCACCAAGGCGGUGUGGGCCCGUAUGAUAAGUUUUGUUCUGAGCUGCUCAGGGACAAAGAGCCUGUUAAUUGGGAAUGAGAGGGGUAUGGCCCAGUCCAUCUCCCAAGUGAUAGCUCAUAUGAGAUAGGAGUGGGGUUAGAAUGUGCUCCUCUUCAAUGUCACAGGAUUCACAGGAAUAGACAUGGGACAGGGCAUCCGCUUUUAUGUUCUUGGAGCAACGUGAUAUGGUACGGUAAACUGAAAUUGAGCACAAAACAGGGACCAAGAAGCUUGUCGGGGGUUUAACUGCUUGGCUAUGUGAAGAUACUCAAAGCUCUUAUGGUCAGUGAAUACUACAAAUUGAUAAGUGGCCCCCUCUAGCCAGUUUUUCCACUCUUCCAAGGCAAGUUUGAUAGCUAGUAGCUCAUGGUUGCUCACAUCAUAAUUUUGCUCAGUGAGGCUCAGCUGGGGAGAGUUUAUGUGAAAAGAAGGUUGAUGAAUGGAGCUUGGGAUUAUCCCCGAAUCACUGAGAGAGUAGUGUAAUUCAGUAAUACAGUGAGGAUUGUAGUCUAAUUCAGUGCUUUUUGUGCAUCCAUAAAAAAAUAACACAUAAAUACUUAUAUACAAUAAAAACUAAAAUAAAUGAAUUAUAUAUAUAUAUAUAUAUAUAUAUAUAUAUAUAUAUAUAUAUAUAUAUAUAUAUAUAUAUAUAUAUAUAUAUAUAAACACACAAACACACUAUCUCACAAAAGUGAGUACACCCCUCACACUUUUGUAAAUAUUUGAUUAUAUCUUUUAAUAUGACAACACUGAAGAAAUGACACUUUGCUACAAUGUAAAGUAGUGAGUCUACAGCUUGUGUAACAGUGUAAAUUUGCUGUCCCCUCAAAAUAACUCAACACACAGCCAUUAAUGUCUAAACCGCUGGCAACAAAAGUGAGUACACCCCUAAGUGAAAAUGUCCAAAUUGGGCCCAAAGUGUCAAUAUUUUGUGUGGCCACCAUUAUUUUCCAGCACUGCCUUAACCCUCUUGGGCAUGGAGUUCACCAGCGCUUCACAGGUUGCCACUGGAGUCCUCUUCCACUCCUCCAUGAUGACAUCACGGAGCUGGUGGAUGUUAGAGACCUUGUGCUUCUCCACCUUCGGUUUGAGGAUGCCCCACAGAUGCUCAAUAGGGUUUAGGUCUGGAGACAUGCUUGACCAGUCCAAUCAUGUGAAAUACUGUAAACUUCUGCCCACAAGAAUGUUUGAGAUGUUUGAGAAUGUUUGAGAGAGGAGGAGCCGCACAAACUCUGAGUGCAACACAGUCACUCGGCUUUACAAUCUCAAACAGCAACGAGCCAAAAUAAAAUCUAAAUCUGUUUUA